GUCUGCUCUCUCUGGCGCUGAUCCAAUCUCCACGCUGACGCGCACGCCGUAUGAUAUCGAAGGAUGAUCUCUCGUCAACUUGCUCACUCGGAGACAUUCAAAGUCGCGCCGAGUGUUUGACUGUAAAAGUGUGAGCGCCCGCACGCAACAAUGUGUGCGUGUGCGUCAUUAGGAUGCUCCAAGACCACACACACAGCCUCAACGUGUGUGCGUGUGCGUGUAUAUCAAGAGGAAGCCACGGUGGCACGGAGUUCGUGCCAACUGCUCCUUAGCAACGACGCUUUCGACUUCACUCCACAACAUCACAUUCGUAUUUACAUGAUCUUGGGACGGACGAGUACCGAUGCAAGGGAUCGGGCAGACAGCGGAGAAAAUUUCGAGGUUUCGGGUACUCGUGGAGGCCGCAAAAAUAUAAAAUAAAUCUGACAUGGAGUAAGUCCUCCUUGCCAGCAGCUGGCGCUACACUGCGGCGGUUUGACACAUCAGCCAAUCAUCGUGAGCGUCAGAAAGAAAGAGGUGACAAAAGUACCUGAUGCUUCGCGCUAAUCUUGCCACCUGCCACUGAACACACAAACGUGCACGCGCGCGCGCGCACACACACAGGCAGCAUGGCGUCCAAGCCGCGUGUGCUGAGUGAGCAGGAGGAGCUACAAAGGAGAGCCAAUCAGGUCACAGAGGAGUCGCUGGAGAGCACACGCAGGAUGAUGCAGCUGGUGGAGGAGAGCAAAGACGCCGGCAUCCGAGCGUUGGUCAUGUUGGACGAGCAAGGAGAGCAGCUGGAGCGCGUUGAAGAAGGUUUGGAUCAAAUCAACGCCGACAUGAAGGAAGCCGAGAAAAACCUGACCGACUUGGCAAAGUGCUGCGGCCUCUGCGCUUGUGACAAGUGUGUGCGCGUGUGUGCGUGGCUCUACAUUAUCCUCGUGAAGUUCGCCAAAAGACCGCAGUCACUCCAAGAGUUGUCUGCAAAACUGAAGGCCUUGGAAGAAAGCGGGGCCUACAAGGCGGUUUGGGGCGGCGGCUCCGGACACGACGCGGUGAUGUCCGAUCAGCCGCCGUCGUCUCGCGUGGUGGACGAGCGCGAGCAGAUGAUUAUGAGCGGCGGAUACAUUCGCAGGGUGACGCGGGACGCCCGCGAGGACGAGAUGAACGACAACCUGGCGCACGUGGGCAGCAUCGUGGGCAACCUGAGAUGCAUGGCGCUCGACGUGGGCAACGAGAUCGACACACAGAACGUACAGAUCGAACGCGUUCAAGGGAAGGUGGACACCAGUAGAAGCAGCACAAUUGGUGUGACAAUUCAUGUCAUUUCUCUGUCUGGGUCGUUUUCAUAUGCUGCAAUUUGAUCAAUAAAGGCCAUUCUGAACGUGGCGCGCAUCGAGACCGCCAAGCAGAAAGCUAACAACCUCAUCAAAAAAUAGAAGAGGCGCUCAUCGUCCCAGCAGGCGCGCGGACCACCGUGAGCCUUCGACGUUAGCAUUUAGCUCGCCGCUUUGUUCCACCGGCGCCAGCGGCAACAUUCCUUCACCCAAAAGUGUCGAAUAAAAGCCAGAAACUCAC